GCGCAGGUUUCAGGAAGUCUUGAGUCUUUAACACAGUCUGUGUCUUUAACCGUCUGUCAUCAUUCAGUCAGUAUGGAGCUCAGUCAACUUCCUCUUGUGCUCUUGCUGAUUUCAAUCAUCUACUCUGGACAAACUGAAGAAACACCAAAACCCACAGUGACCAUCAAACCUGCUCAACAUGUGUUCAGAGGAGAGACAGUCACUCUCAGAUGUAACAUAAAUGAUGAAGGAGUCACUAGCUGGCAGUACGGCUGGUAUAAAGAUGGUUCAGACAAAUCUUUCAGUGAACUACAGGAAUACACAUUCAGUUCUGUUACUGAGUCUGACGCAGGUAAAUACUCCUGUGAUGGAGCAGAGCCAGAAGGAUCACACAGCUCACACCGCAGUGAUGAAGUUAGGCUGACAGUAUCAGCCCAGGCUGUUUUAAGUGUUUCUCCACAGACGGGGUUGACUGAAGGAGAUCCAGUGACUCUGAUCUGUGAGGUUAAAGGCUCCUCUACAGGCUGGACAUUCAGCUGGUUCACUCUAACUCUCUCAUCAGACUACAGAUAUCAUUAUGAUCUGCUCUCAGACAGCAGCAGAGGAGCUGGAGGAAAAUACACUGUCAGUUCUGCUACAGUAAAACACACAGGAGUUUAUGUGUGCACAGCAGAGAAAGGAGAACCAGUCUAUUACACACAGUACAGCAACACACAGUUAAUAUUGGUCACUGGUGUUUCUCCAGGUGUCUCUCUGAUGGUCAGUCCCAGCAGAACUCAACACUUCACAUCUGUCUCUCUCUCUCUGAGCUGUGAGGACCAGAGUAACUCUACUGGAUGGACAGUGAGAAGAUACACAGAGAGCAGGCAGCUGAAAGAUUGUUCAUCAUUACGUCGAGGAUCACAAACAGGAUCUUCAUGUACAAUCAGAGACACCAGAACAUCAGACACUGGAGUGUACUGGUGUGAGUCUGAAUCUGGAGAGAAAAGUCAUCCUGUUAAUAUCACUGUACACUCUGGUGUGAUUCUGGAGAGUCCUGUUCAUCCUGUGACUGAAGGAGAAACUCUGACUCUUCGCUGUUUAGAUCAAUAUACAUCCUCACCAAACCUCAGAGCUGAUUUCCAUAAAGAUGGGUCACUCAUCCAGAGUCAAACUACAGAGAUGAUCAUUUCUACUGUCUCAAAGUCAGACGAGGGUUUCUACUCCUGCAAACUCCCAGAGAGAGGAGAGUCACCCGAGAGCUGGAUCUCAGUCACAGCUUCCUCCAAAAGAUCAGGAUCUGAUGAUCUCAGUCCAGUGAUAGUUGGAGUGACUGCUGGACUCAUAUUUUUCAUCAUCGUCUUCUUGGUCUUUCUGUGGCACUACAGAAGAAACAAAGGUGGAGGAUCUGAGUCUCUCUCUCGUGUCAGUCAACAGCAGAACAGCAGUCAGACAUCAGACCAGAACCAGAGUGAAGCAGGAAAUAAAACACUCAUGUCUGGAACUGCUCAUAUUUAUGACUCUAUUGAUGCAGCAAUUAAUAAAGACAUAAGCACAGACAAUGUAAUUGGACCUACUGAAAACACCUAUUCCGAAAUCAGCCUGAUCCAUAAAGGGAAAACCAGUGAAAGUUCUGACACCGUUUACUCUAAACUGAAACCCAUCAAGGUGCUGGAUCUAGUGAUGUGA